AUGGUAUCGCGCUUACUUCUUCUUGCGGCCAGUGUCCUUGCGCUGAGCAGCGGUAUCGCGAAUGCCCAUGGCACACACUCUAGUGACGGGAAGCCCCCCUCUGAUGAUUGGGCCACGAGACACAUGAUAGAGGAACACCAUAUCGAAGGCUUUGACCCGUCAUCAUUCUUCACAUUACACGACUACGAUUCUUCUGGCUCAUGGACCCCGGACGAAGUUCGCAAAACAUACGGUCUUGAUGACGAGUCCAACAAAGGCGUCUCCGAGUCCAGCAAAGAGUCCGCCGUGCGCGCUGUCUUCGAUCUAUUCGACCCGCAACACACAGGUCUGAUCAGUCGCGAGAACUUCGUGAGAACGAUUGCUGCGGGGAGAAGACUACCCGAUCUCGGCUUUGGACCUGGUCACCACGGCGAUUUGGAGUAUGAAUAUGAAAUUCAUCAUUUUGAGAAGUUCCACGGCGAUGAUGCAAAGGAGGAGGAUCUCACUCAUCCUGAGGACAUCGAGCAUUUCCGCCUGCACGACGAGAUGGAGGCCGCCCAAAUGCGGCUCGACAAGCUGGAGGAUAUGCAAAUUGUUGAAGCAAACAUUCCCUCCAAAUUCCGCCGUGGGAACUAG